ACAGCAUCAAUAUUUCAUCCACGUCAAUAAGAGGCAGCAGCGGGGACAGCGGCUGCAGCAGCACUUGCCAGCUCCAGUCCACAGCUCGCACGAGACAGGUCCCAUCCUCACCACUGCCAUGGACGUCUUCAAGAAGGGCUUCUCCAUUGCCAAGGAGGGUGUGGUGGGUGCUGUGGAGAAGACCAAGCAGGGGGUGACGGAGGCAGCUGAGAAGACCAAGGAGGGAGUUAUGUAUGUGGGCACCAAGACCAAGGAGAAUGUGGUACAGAGCGUGACAUCAGUGGCAGAGAAGACCAAGGAGCAAGCCAAUGCCGUGAGUGAGGCUGUGGUCACCAGCGUCAACACAGUAGCCACCAAGACCGUGGAGGAGGCAGAGAACAUCGUGGUCACCACUGGAGUGGUGCGAAAGGAGGACUUGGAGCAACCUGCCCUCCCACUGGAGGACCAAGAAGCCAAAGAAAAAGAGGUGGAUGAGGAGCCUUAGAAUGGAAGAGACUAGAAGGCUGCUAGUAAGCCGUAGAGGCCCAGGUGACACCCUUGGAUCUUGUCCCUCUCUGGCAUAAGGAGUGCCCUGCGGGCUGCCCACAUCCUCUGCCUCCAAGCCUGGUGCCAUAAGCCUGUCCAUGCCCAGGCUGUCGCCUGCACCUCCCUCCCUCCCCUUUCAUCUUCUGGUCCUUCUGACCCCAUAGAUCAGAUGCUACUGUUAACUUUUUCUGUUUAUUUUUUUUAAUAAGUCCAAAUAAAACCAGGGCCUCACUCUCACCCACGCUUCUUCCUCUGUG